AUGGCCGAUAAGGCACUACAGCGAUAUAUGACCAAUAUAAGUAGAUCACAUUUCACAGAUGAGAUCGAGCAGGCAAAGCCUCCACGUAAGUUUAGCAUGCCACAUUUUACAUCUUUCAAAGGAGAUGAAUAUCCGGAGAGGCACUUGAAGCAUUAUCGAAGCACGAUGAUCCUUUAUCGAAGCAACGAUGCCCUUAUGUGCAAAAUCUUCUCCACUACUUUACAAGGCGAAGUGCAAGAUUGGUUUCAUACCUUGCCACCACGAUCUAUUCGAAGUUUUGAUGAUCUUUCCUUGGUUUUCACUAAAGAAUACUCAUCAUACCGCUCGAUCAAGAAAAAGUCUGACUACUUGUUCAACGUGAAGAAAAACCCAAAUGAGUCAUUCCGUGACUACGUGAAAAGGUUCAAAGCGGAGAAAACGAAGAUCGUCGAAUGCGACGACUUGAUAGCAAGUGCAACUUUCCAAAAAGAACUCCCAGCAAACCACCCAUUGUUCGGAGAAAUGAUCAUGCAAGAAGAUAUAACUCUAGCAGACUUAUUUGCUCUAGUAGAAAAGCAUGCACUUUGGGGCGAGGCUCGGCUAGCAAAGAAAGCACCCGAGCAGCCUCGAAAAGAGUCGGUAGUGGCUCAAAGGAAGAAGGACGGGAAACAUUCCAACAAAAGCAGGUAG